AUGGUAAAUAUUAGAUUGGAAGUAACACGGAUCCUUAGCCGAGGUCUCUGCUUUCACAAUUGGCCAGGAUCCGAUCUCUGUACUGAAAUCAUGUUUUCUGUUCCCUUGGUGUAUGACAAUGAAACUCUGGAGACCAGGUUCACUAAGCAGGAUCUCAGAGAGAUGUGGGACAGUUAUUCGGGAAUAGAUCCCUUCGCUGUGCGUUUAGAGAGGAUGGGUAUUCGGGAAUUUACAUAUCCAGAUGAUCAAACCACACUGACUGUAUGGCUGGUGAUCGCCGCUGGAGUCAUCAUUUCGAUGGCCAUGCUUGCCUUUGCACUGUGGAGGUUUAGCUGCUUUGAAGAGUACACCAAGAUGCCUUCCUUCAGUGACACGGACAGCCUGCGAGACGAGAAACGAGUGUUGGACCUCUACCCAACUCCGCAUCAGACCCUGCCCCCUCUCUACUCGGACGACAAUAUCAAGUGGGCCGAUGAUGUGUACAGCAAUAAAGAUGUCGGCUUCUCAAACAAGAGCUACAUGCAGGAUAUCUAUGACAUGGACUCUGACGACGAGGCACUCCGCGCACCCGAUAGAAAUCACUCUGGUGCCAUCAGUCCCCGUGAUAUUUACAAUGUGUGA